CCGGAGCCCGCCGCCUGCCCGCAGCUCACCGGGGGCUCUCGGCCGCGCCAUGCCGCUGUGGGGUGCCGCCCUCGCGCUGUUCCUGGCCGCUCUCGCCUUGCUGCUCCUGCUCGCCCCCAGACUCCUGCACACGGUCGGAGCGAGGACCCAGCCCGGGACCCUGGUCCAGGACGAUGAAGUGGACGCCAGAGCCCCCGCGGAUCAGUUCAGCGACGGGCAUGAGUCGCUGCCCGGCGGUUGCAGCCUCCUCUGUAAGCCGUCGGCGCUGGCCCAGUGCUUGCUGCGCGCACUGCGACGCUCGGCGGCGCUGAAGCCUGAACCGCGCCCCUGGCUCUCGGGGCCUCACCUGCAGACCCUCUGCCACUUCGUCCUGCCCGUCGGGCCGGGGCCUGAGCUGGCCCGGGAGUACUUGCAGUUGGCAGAUGAUGGGUUGGUGGCCCUGGACUGGGUCGUAGGACCUUGCGCCCGGGGUCGCCGAGUCGCCAGCGCGGGGGGCCUCCCGGCGGUGCUCCUGGUGAUCCCCAACGCCUGGGGGCGCCUCACUCGCAACGUCCUGGGCCUCUGCCUGCUCGCCCUGGAGCGCGGCUACUACCCGGUCAUCUUCCACCGCCGUGGCCACCACGGCUGCCCGCUGGUCAGCCCUCGGCUGCAGCCUUUUGGGGACCCGUCGGACCUUAAAGAGGCGGUCACGUACAUUCGCUUCCGACACCCUGCGGCCCCGCUGUUCGCCGUGAGCGAGGGCUCAGGCUCCGCGCUGCUGCUGUCCUACCUGGGCGAGUGCGGGUCCUCCAGCUACAUGACGGGCGCCGCCUGCAUCUCGCCUGUGCUGCGCUGCCGCGAGUGGUUUGAGGCCGGCUUGCCCUGGCUUUAUGAGCGCGGCUUCCUGCUGUACCAGAAGAUCGCCCUCAGCAGGUAUGCGACAGCCCUGGAGGACACAGUGGAUACCUACAAGCUGUUCAAGAGCCGCUCCCUGCGAGAGUUUGAGGAGACCCUCUUCUGCCACACCAAGAGUUUCCCCAUCAGCUGGGACACAUACUGGGAUCGCAAUGACCCGCUCCGGGAUGUGGACGAGGCUGCCGUGCCCGUGCUGUGCAUCUGCAGCGCCGACGACCCUGUGUGUGGGCCGCCAGACCACACUCUGCCUACCGAACUCUUCCACAGCAACCCCUACUUCUUCCUGCUGCUCAGUCGCCAUGGAGGCCACUGUGGCUUCCUGCGCCAGGAGCCCCUGCCCGCCUGGAGCCACGAGGUCAUCUUGGAGUCCUUCCGAGCCUUGACUGAGUUCUUCCGAAUGGAAGAGAGGAUGAAAGGGCUAAGCAGGCACCGGACCUCAUUCCUAGGGGGCCGCCGCCGCUGGGGAGCCCAGCAGAAGCGGGAGGUCUCCCCCUCCCCCAGUCUGGAGGAGAUCUUUAGCUGGAAGCGAUCGUACACAAGGUGAGACCUGGCAGAAGCCCUUGGUCUUUCAGGCAUAUGGAGUCCCCAAAAUAUGGUGGGGACUGGAUGCAACAGCUCCAGUGCUUUGCUCCACAUUCUGCCGCGUCUCUGUUAAACUGAUUUGUGGGAAGAGACAGAGAGCUACUUGCAAACCCACUCUCCCCAGCUGAGUGGAACUCCCAUGGGGCUCUGUUAAACACAUUCCUGCUCAUCCUCAUUAUCCCUGGUGUCUCCUGCCAACGACUUCGUAAGCCAAAGAAUAACACCUUUUAAGUCCAUGGACUCAGGAGAAAAUGCUUUCUUCCUAGCCGUGACUGCUGGAAAGACAAGUGUAUGCGUGUCAUUUGGCUCUUCUGUCCCACAUAAAUAAUCAAUGCAGCAACUGGUUCUUGAGCUGGAGCCACUUGAUAUAGAAAGGACAGGAUGUUUGUGUCUCGGUCCCACUUCCCUCAUGUGCUCUGCGGUUGUGGCUCUGCUCUGACUCAAAGCAUCAGCAGCUGUGGACCCAGGCUCCUGAAGUUGCCUGAGUCUGAAAAGGAAGUGCUGGAACCAGCUUGACCAGGGCUGGUGAGAGUGAGAAUGAGAAAGCCUUGGGCUCAAAGAUCCACUCUCUAAGAGGAGCUCUGUCAGUCUCAACUGAGAAUGGGGCUGAUCUGGGACUCCAGCCCAGGCCCUCAAGCUUCUCUGGAGGGACCCCAAGGGAUUUUAGGAGUAAGAAGUGUUCUUACCCAGAGUCUAAGGGCUCUGUUAGACAUUGGCUCAAGUAGCCAGUUUCUCAAGUAGAUGUUCCCUCUUGUACCAUUUCUUCUAGAGAAGCCCAGCCAGAGCUAUUUUUCUCUAUUUUUUUUUUUUUCAUUCUCCUGAAAUGUGGGUUUUCUCUAAGUCAUUAAAAGUACAGAUCUCAGCUGGGCGUGGUGGCGCACGCCUGUAAUUUCAGCACUCAGGAGGCCGAGGCAGGAGGAUCAUUGCGAGUUCGA